AUCAGAGGGGAGGUGGCGGCGUGAACCGCGGCCAUCAGUUGGUUUGAAAUCGGUCUCGUGUGUACGUCUCGACACCACGAAGGAAAACACCCAAAAUGUCGACCACGGACAAGUCUGUCGCUAACGCUGACGAACAGGUCACGAAGGGAACCAAGAGGGCUGCUGAGGAGGAGACCGAAGAUGCGAAGAAGCUGAAAGGAGAGGAGAAUGGAGAAGAGGAGCUUGAGGAAGAGGAGGAUUUGGAGGACGAGGAAGAUCUAGGAGACGCUGAAGAAGAACUAGACGAGGAAGCUGAGGAAGAGGAGGAAGGCGAGGGCGAAGAAGGCGAAGGAGAAGAAGACGAGGAGGAAGAAGAUGCAGAAGACGCGUAAGACAGCUGCAGUUGAAGACCGGCGAUGCACCUCAAAGCCGGGGACCACCUGAGGAUGCCCGGCCGGGGGGCUGAGGGCGACGGGCUGUGCUCCAGUUUUUAUUAUUGUAUUGUAUUAUAUUUCACGUACCUGUACAGUCAGUGUGAAAGUAGUGUGUGAGAGUGAAUGAUAGAAGUGCCCCUCGCCCUGCCCCCCCCGGCUCGACGGAGCUCAAGCGUCCUCAACCCAGCAGUGGCGACGCCCGCGCCCACCUGCCGCCCACCUGAUCCCCGCACGCCCGUAUGGGUGGUAGGGUCAUGGUGCCCCGGCGCAGACAGGCAGCAUGAGAAGCAGGAGGAUGGGGACGCGGCACCAGCGCACCAGUCGCCAACACACCUCGUGUAGUGUCUAUUUUCCAUUGAUACCAAAAGCAAGCAGGGCUCCCUAUUUUAUUUUUCUACAGUGCAUCUCUUCUGAACUUAUGUGUUUUGGGCAGUACAACAUAAUUUUCAUUCUUUAAUUUCAUAGUGACAAGUGUCUCAUUUUGUGUGAAAGUCAAUAAAGCUUAAGUUGUCUGUAUAUGUGCUGUCUCAUUUUGUGUCUUCAUCCAAGUUGCGCGACCAGACGAGACUCACGCUCGGGACUGUCACCACGUUUAUAAUAAAACUGAAAAUAGUUUUAUUAACCAGAGUUUCCUUACCAACCACAUGGAUGGACAACAGCAGUACCUGGCAUUAUUUUUAUGGUAUUUUAUUUAAUAAAUGACUUAGUAUUUAA